AUGGCGAGAGCGAAAGAUUCAAGCGGUAACUUCUUUCACCCGAAGAAGGGAUUUGCGCAAGUUGCAAGGUGGAUUUCCCUCGACCCUGACAAGGAAACGUCCAUCUACCGCAGGUUCGACGAGCUUGCAGCCCGAAAUUUGCUGUACUUGCAAUCUGAGCUCCUCGUUCUUGAGAAUAAAUUGGAUGAACUAGAUAGAAGUGAUGCCAAAAGCGAAGAUAUGAACCUGGCAGAUGCUAUCAUGACAUGGGAAACACUAGAACGACAGUAUGAUACCGGUAGUGAGAAAGCACGAGUCCGCAUGGACUUGAUUGUCAAGAUACGGGCUAAACUAAAAGAAUAUCAUGAGGCACUGUUGUUGCAAAGUGAGAUGGCAAAAUUGAAGCAGCCUUCCAAGCGUAUUCUUGCUACAUAUCGAGAGUGGUUUAAUAACCCACGACCUGCCCUGGGGGGGCUUGCAAAAACAUUUUUGGAUAAGCCAGAUGACCUUGUUGGUCUCCAUUCUUUGGAAACCGACUAUCUAUCUGUCUUCUUAAGGCGAUACUGGCCGUUCAAGGAAGAAAUCUCUUUGGAUAGUCGCCGCAGUGUUGGAAGAUAUCAUGAGAAAUCUAUUUCUGCAGCAACUGCUAUCAUAAGCAUUCUUAUAGCUGCAUUCCUUUUGGUUGGUCCCAUCACAGGUCUCUAUUUCGUCGCCAACGAUGCCGCCAAGCUUGGCAUGCUUGCUGCCUUUACGGCGUUGUUUGCCUUGAGUGUUGGUGUUAUGACCAACGCAAAGAGAGCGGAGAUAUUUGCAUCUACGGCAGCCUAUGCCGCCGUACUCGUGGUGUUUGUGAGCGGAAACAUCUCGAAUUCUACGACUUCUCCUGCAACAUGA